AUGUCCCAGCCCGCCUCCUUUUAUCGAGACGAACUCCGGAGAAUACUCAAUGAACAGUUCUUUGGCGUAUCUUCAUUCAUCAUAACCGGCGCUAGUGCGGAAGACGCUACAGCAUCCGUUAAGCUUUUAGAGGGCAGGGAUGUCACGAUCAUUCUAACAGCUAGAGGUUACCAGGUGAGGCCAUAUUGCACGUCGGGCUCCAUGUACGAGACGAUAGAAAGCCUUCUACGAUCUAUCAGCCCAAUGUAUGCAAGCAAGUAUCAAGAGGUCCUCCUCUCCAAGCUCGGACAGUUAUCCCAGCAUUAG